CCACUAGAUGGCGCCAGCUGCCCAUGUCUGAGAGCUCCAUUGACUCUCCAAGUGGGAGGCAAUGUCUGGCUGCCACACAUUCCACGUGCUGCUGGAGCAGGGAGGGCUCUUCUGUUUAUUCCCAGUGAUCAGGGAUGAUGGCACAGGCUGGGCACUGCAACCGAUAGACAAGCAGCCAGCUGCAAGGUGCCUGCAAGCCUGUGCCCUAUGGAACACCUGGCAGGCCUCCUGGAGUAAGAUCAGACCCAGCAGCAGGGAAGGGGGUGUGUGCGAGGGAAGCAGCCUGGACUGAGACACAGUGGAUGUGCAGUAACUUCAUCAGGACUCUGAGUCACUCUGUCUGUGCAGACUCCUGUCUCUGCAGGUCCCUGAGACAGGACUGAGAGCAGAUCAUGUGAGUCCCCAGGAGAGAUCUCCACACCAUGACCCAGGCAGAUGGCUGUGAUGGGAGACAGGCUACCUGCACCAGCAGCCUUGUGUGCUGCUGCAUCCUCCUCCUCUGGACCAGACAGGUCUCUGCCCUGGCUGACUUCUCAGGAUAUCUGACGAAACUACUGCAGAAUCACACAGUGUCCGCCUGUGACGGGGAACAUCUGACCCUGCAGUGCCCUCGUCAUUCCACGGUCAGCAUCCUGUCUGCAUUUUAUGGGCGUCCUUUGCAGGGUUCACCGGCCUGCGCCCCGCCGGACGCCAUGCACACCCCUCAUCACACGUGCCUUGCGCAGACUGCGCUGCAAAAAGUACUGGAUGAGUGCCAGAACCUGAGGUCCUGCCAGCUUCCCGUGAACAGCCGCGUUUUUGGGCUGGACCCGUGUCCUGGUACAAUCAAAUAUCUGCUGGUGUCUUACAAGUGCAAACCUACUGAAUACAAAUCGACAUCUGUCUGUGAAAACCAUGAGCUGAAGCUACACUGCAAGGAGCCCAAGUUACUCAAUAUCUACUCAGCUGUCUACGGCAGGUUCUCCAAUGAGAAGAACCCUUGUUCCACGGAGAUUGACCAAGCGACGCCGUAUGACUGUGUGUCGUACUCGGCGCUGGAGGUCCUGGCGCAGAGGUGUUACGGGAAACAGCGAUGCAGGAUGGUCGUCAGCGAUGAACAUUUUGGAAGUCCGUGUCUGCCUGGUGUGGUUAAAUAUCUUAUUGUCAAUUAUUCUUGUGUUCCCAAAAUCAUUCUGAAAGAGGUUGACCCCAAGAUUUCUAGUGUAAUACCCCCUUCGAAGCAGAACGAUGGCAAAUAUGAUAUCAAACUGCAUCCGUCUGAGUCUCGCAUCCCCAGCAGAGACGGGCUGCUCCUCACUAACCUCCUCGCUGCAUACUCUUAUAUCAGAGACCACCCGGAAACUGCGGCCUUGUUCUUUGUGUCCAGCGUUUGCAUCGGACUGAUUUUCACCCUUUUCGCAUUAGUGAUCCAUAUAUCCUGGAGGACUGACUGGCAUAGGCUCCAGAAAAUGAAUGGACAUCUUGUGCAGCAAAAAGACUGUGAAGAAACAGAUUCUUCUAGCAGUGAAGAUAGAGAGGACGAGGCUUCUGCCAAGUCUCUCUUUUCCCAGGAGUUCCAUGAGCUGUGCAAGACGUCGCGCCCCCUGUGUGACCGGGCGGAUGCUGCAGAUCUUGCAGAAAGGAUAGAACGCAGAGAGCAGAUUAUUCAAGAAAUCUGGAUGAACAGCGGCUUGGACCUCCCCCCUAGUAGUCUUACAAUCCAGUUUUUUUAACCCGUGCAACGUGCGUCACUCACAGCAGUCAUCCGGCACUUGUGGAACUACAAGUCUCAGCAUGGCAUGCCUGAAACGCUGGGAGGCCACAGAUUCCCAGAGCUUGUCUUAUACCCUUCUGUGAAGGGAAAUGUAUUUACCUUUUUAUUAGGAAAAAAAAACAAAACAGAAUUUUAAUUUUUAAAUAUGGAUACAUGUCAUAUAUUUUGGAGAGCUGCUUUAUAUUUUUGUACAAAAAUUAUAUUUAUCAAUGUAAGAUUAUUGAGAGAUGUAAGGGGAGCAAGAAGGAUCUUUUUUGGAGUAAUAUGGACCUUUGAUGGCAGAACAAUAUUCUAAUUAACGGGGAACUGACAUCUAGGAGUAUAUUUACUAAAGAUGUUUUUUUUUUUUAAAUUAUCGAUCCCCGGCAGCUUUAAAGGCUGGAUUUAAAAGGGCAAUGCAUGCAAAGUUCAGCUUGUUUUGCCUGUAUUGCUACUGCCCUUUUAAAUCCAGUGGAUGGCAUUAAAAUAUGGAUCUUUAGUAAACAGACCUAAAGCACAUUUUUAAUUAAUUAUCCCAGGUUUUCCUGAAAUUCCACUUACUAUGGUAAUGGGGAUAUUUAUCAAUCUUUCGAUAGAGGCUAAGUGAAGAUGUUUCCCAUAGUAACCAAUCAUAUUCUAGCUAUAAUUUCAUAAAAUGUCCUCUUUAGAAAGGUUUGAUAAAUCUGCCCCUGAAUUAGCUGGGAUAGGUUUUAUUCCUGUACUACUGGCAUGAAGAAUCUGACACAGAAGGAAACUAGAGACCGGGCUUAUAUGGCAUUCUUCCAACUGUCACUUCAUAUACUGUGCUAGAUAAAUGAUAGCUAGAAGUUGUAGCUAUGGCCAACACCUCCGCUUUAUCUCUCCGUAAAGUUCGAAACAUCUCCCCCUAUAUUCCUGCUGUUUCGCCCUAGAAUAGGCUCUUCACUGUUUCAUAAUAUGUUUUAAAGGGUUCGGUAUGUAAUACAGCUGGUCGGGAUGCCGGCGGUCACAUGACCGAAAGCAUCGCCCAACAGUGAAGAUACCGACAUCGGAGGGGGUAAGUAUUUUUACCGCCCCCUAUGCUAACCCUCGGAGGGUGGCGGCUAUAGCUAAGCUUCGGAGGAUGGUGGCUAUGGCUAAGCCUCGGGGGGUGGUGGCCAUGACUAAACCCCCCCCCCCAGUGCCUAACCCUCCCCCCCUCUGUGUCCUAACACUAGCCUGUACCCCGAUACUUACCUUUGGGAUGUCGGUGUUUCAGCGCCGGUCUCCCGAGUGGUGUCGGAAUUUCGGCAACGAUCACAUGACCACCGCCCCCUCCGUCCGCCGUAAUGCUAAACGCAUUCCAUUUUAAAAUGUGGCAGAAAUCCAAAAUACAGUAUAACUUGGUGCCAACCCCCAAUGACUUUGCCUUUGCUAAUACUAAUUUAAUACAAGUGCCAUUUGCCUGUAUAACUGUGUAAUUUAGCAUAAUCCCAGUGUUCCCAUGUAAUAAUGCCGCCCUUCACCUGCUCUCAGGUAUUCCCUGCACUAAAAUACAGAAAACAAUAAUAAUUCCACCUUGGCUGUAAUACCACCUUUACUAUAAUGCCAGUUUUGGCUUCUGCUGUAAGGGGGUCAUAUUAAGGGGGAGCACUCACUGUUUUACAAAGGAGCAUUUAAGUACGUUCAUCACUACACAAUAGAGACAGCCACCGCGCGGGUGAAAGGAUUGUAUGUAAGUGGCAGCUGUGUGAUAAAUGGUCAGCUGGCAAUAUUACUGUUCAGUAUGUACUGUAUAAAGGACAGGGUGUGGUAGGGGUCAGCCGCAGUAUGUAUUAAUGGGUCCUUCCUGAAUGCAGCACUAUCUUUACAAAAGGGAAGCCACAUAGUCCUGUGAUAAAGCAUUCCUGACACACAGAAUACAGAAUGUAUAUGAUUUAGGAUGUGUGACAUUUGUACAUUGCUGGAAAAGCCUCUUCUGAUGUGACAGUAUGCUCACCGCUUUACUAGUAGGCGGCUUAUCUGCUUGUCAGUGAGACUGGCACAACCACCUAUCCAGUUAAAGAAAUAACACUCAUUUAAAGAGCAAAUAAAGCCAGUGUUGGACAUUAAUCAAAAUAUAUGUACUACUGAGAAAAAUAAUAUACCUGAAAUAAAUGAAGUAUUUAUACAUAA